AUCGCGUGCAAUUUCGUGCCGGUAACCGGUGUUACAGUAAAAACCGUACACUACAUACACGAAAGCAAGCAAGAUGAAAUAUCAAUUAUUUAUACUUUGCUGCCUUGUGUCGUUAUGUCUGGCGACCAUUCCAAGACCAAGGGGUGUAGCUAUAUCCAUGGCCAGUUUUUACCGUCCUGACGUUCCGUUCAGAUGUCGGGAUGGUAGUAAGGAGAUUCCAUUUGAAUAUGUAAAUGAUGAUUACUGUGACUGCCCGGAUGGUACUGAUGAACCAGGUACUUCGGCUUGUCCGGGAGGAAAGUUUCACUGUACCAAUGCCGGGUUCAGACCUCUCAACAUCCUCUCAUCUAGAGUCAAUGAUGGCAUCUGUGACUGUUGUGAUGGGACUGAUGAGUGGGACGGUAACAUUGACUGUGUCAACAACUGCAAAGAACUGGGUAAGAAGAUGAGAGAAGAGGCUGACAGGAUCAGACAGCUGCAGGAAGAAGGUUACAAAUUAAAGCAGAAAUUUAUAGAGGAAGGUAAACAGGCCAAGGAACAGAAAAAGGCUGAAUUAGAGCAGUUAGAGAAGAAUAAAAUUGAACUGGAGGCCGUCAAAACUGAAAUGGAAGGUAAGAAGACUGAAGCCGAAGCACCAGAAAAGGAAGCUAAAGACAAGCAUGAACAGGCCUGGAAUGAGGAGUUAGAAAGAAGGAAUGCAGAGAAAGAGAGAUUGAGGGCAGAGAUUGCUUUUGCUGAACUUGAUGCUAAUAAAGACAACAAGAUAUCUUUAUCCGAGAUUAAAGGCCUGUCAAUGUUUGAUGUGGAUUCUAAUGGUGAAGUCAGUGAUGAUGAAGCCAAGGAACAUCUGGAAGGAGAGGAAGAAGUGGAUCAGGAUCAUUUUAUAUUAAAAGUUUGGCCUAAUAUCAAACAGUUUUACAAGUCUCCAGACAGUGAAGAGCAAGCUAAGGGAGAUAAUCAGGAAGUUACGACAGAACCUCCAGAGGUGUUACCACCCCCAUUGAGACCUGGGUUUCCAAGACAUAGAAACCCUGCUGUUGAAAGGCAGAGACAGCUGUUUGCUAAGCGGGCAAGUUUACCUGAUUCUCCAACUCCUCACGAUGAUGUUGUAGAUGAUGACAAUGAUGAUGAUGAUGACGAUGAUGAGUAUGAAGAUAGUGAGGAAUAUAAGCCGGCCAAGGGUACAGCUCCAGGGGGUCAACCUGCUUUGAUUGUAAAGGAGGAAAACAAGACAGAAGACAACAAAGAUCAACAGGAAGAGGAUAAAAUGCCAGAUUAUGAUGAGGCAACCAAAGCUCUCAUUGCAGCUGCUGAUGAAGCAAGACAACAGUUCAAUGACGCUGAUGCUAAACUAAAGGAAACAGAAAAUCAGAUCAGAGAUCUGCAGUCAUAUUUAGGUACUGACUAUGGUCCCAAUGAAGAAUAUAGUGUUUUAAAGGGGAAUUGUUAUGAAUAUACAGACAGAGAAUAUACUUACAAACUAUGUGCCUUUGAUAGAGCUACACAGCGACCAAAGUCUGGAGGUUCUGAAACCUCCCUAGGAAACUGGGGAAAAUGGGAUGGUCCAGGGGAAGAUAAAUAUGCUGCUCAGAAAUAUGAAAAUGGACAGUCGUGUUGGAAUGGACCAAAUAGGUCUGUCAAGGUAUAUUUUAAAUGUGGUACAGAACAUAAAGUAACAAGUGCUUCAGAACCAAGUAGAUGUGAAUAUGCAUUUGGCUUUGAGACUCCUACACACUGCACUGCCCCACCUACACGAUCAGCGGAUGAUGUUCAUGAUGAGUUGUAAUUGAUAUUGACCAAAUAAUAAAGAUAGAUAUUAGUAACUUUCCACAUACAUUUUCAGAUUAAUACAUUUAUGUCUAGGAUGGCCUCAUGAGUUUGUGUUCAAGCAUUAGUCGUCAACUUAGGGAAUCUUUAUUUAAAGUUUUUAUUAACUGUCUUACAAAUCCCAGAAUUUUGCAUAUUUUCAGCAAAGAAGAGUAAAAUUUGAAUGUACAUAUUUAUGUUCCAGUCUGGUCUUAAUUUCUUAAAUUUCUUUGAUAAAUUUGGACCCAAAUCUCUCAGAAAAAAGUUUUUUAUAUGUUAACGAAGUUUAUACUGAGUUCCAAAUUAUGAAACUAUGUUAAAUCAGGUUAAGGAAUGUUUGCACCAAACUCUAAGAUAACUUUUUAACUCACCUGAACCAAAGGUUGAGCUAUUGUGUUGGUACUGUGUUAGCUUCUUACUUUAUAUGAUUUACGUAUUGUAGGUCUUCACCAAACUUGGCCAGAAACAUCCUUGUGUAGAUCUCUUACAGGUUUCUUCAAAUAGUUCUACUUGGCCCCUUUAAGGAGCCACUAAAGCUAACAAUAGAAUACAUUUUAAACAACUCCUCAUGAACUGCUUGAUUAUCACCAACUUUGUAGUAUCCCUGAAAGUUCCUGUCUCAACUUUGUUCAAAUUGUUCUGCAUGGCUACUUUUAGGAACCGCCUUAGCAAAAAAAGAAAAACAUGCAAUAAACAACUGCUUUUCAUGAACUGCUUGAUGGAUCUUCACCUAAAUGGUCUAUAGUGUCCUUGUAAGAACAUGUAUCAAGUUUUUUUUUCAAAUGGUCCCCUUGGUCCACCAGAGCAAAAAAAUAGAAAAAUCCUUAAACAACCUCUUCUGAAUCACUCGUACAACAGCACCAAACUUGGUCUAUGGCAUUUUUGUAAGGUCCCCUUUCAAAUGGUUUUACUUUACCCUGUUUAGGGUCAGAGAGAGCUAAAAAUAGAUUUUUAAAACAAUAUCUUCUCAUUGUUGGAUCAUCAUCAAACCGUUGUAACUUCUUGAAUUAGGGACUGGCAGAGCUGAAAAAAGAAACUUUACAGCGACUUCCUUUGAACUGCUUAGUGUUAUACUUUGAGAGAUAUUGUUUUGUCAAGUGAGUGUUUUUGGCCUCUUGGCCGUCAUGUUAAAAAUACUGUAUUAAUGUGCAGUUGCAUUAUGUUUAUUUAUAAAGGAAAGAAACAGUGAAUAAAUUUAGCUUUACAAAAUUCUGCAAUGAACUUUAUUUUGUUUAUUGAUAUCAUUUAGUGCUAUGUAAGAGUUUAGUCUAAGAAGGUAAUAAGUAUAGUUUCAAGGGCUUAGUAUGAAACAGUUGUACCAUUCCUCAUCAAGCACAUAAUUUAGCUGUUAAUUGGGGUGAUUCUGGGGAGAAGUCGCAUCAGAUCAGUGAAUGUCGUGAUUUGGAGGAAGGUUUAACUUUAAAUGUCGUGAUAAAGUUGUACCAUCUAGCUAAGAACUACCUUUUACUUACCUCUGCUCAAAAUCUUACAGAAGAUAAUCAUUAGUAUACAUAUGUAUAAAGAACAUAUAUAUCAUUUUCUCAAAAAUUGUUGUUGAUUUAUUGAAAGUAAUAGUUUUGUUCUAUAUCUUUGCAUAGAAUUCAGAUAUUGAUUUUACAGAAUGAAGUGACAUGUGGCAUGAGUAAUAACAAAGGGACCACUAUGCUUUUUGGAUUUUCAUUUCAUGUUAUACAUAUAUAUCUGACAAUUCUUAUGAUGAGUGACUUUACCCUUUUUUAGCUCGACUAUUCGAAGAAUAGGGGAGCUAUCCUACUCGCCCUGGCAUCGGCGUUAGCGUGAGCGUCACACAAAUGUUAAAGUUUGCAUACCACCCCAAAUAUUUUCAAAGUCCAUUCAGAUAUUGCUUUCAUAUUUUGCAUACUUGUUUACCAUCAUGACCCCAUUCUGUUAACAGGAGCAGACAACUCUAUCAAGCAUUUUGACAGAAUUAUGGCCCCUUUUCGACUUAGAAUAUGCUUAUUGUAAUGUUGAAGUUUGCGUUCCACCCCAAAUAUAUUCAAAGUCCAUUGAGAUAUUGCUUUCAUAUUUUGCAUACUUGUUUACCAUCAUGACCCCAGUCUGUAAACAGGAGCAGACAACUCUAUCAAGCAUUUUGACUGAAUUAUGGCCCCUUUUUGAUUUAGAAUAUGCUUUUUGUAAUGUUGAAGUUUUACUCAUAGCUUAUUGAGUCGGCUAAAGGCUGAAAGCCUUUUGACGAGUCCUUGCUGUUCAGCGAUUCUCUAAAUGGACCGAAUAACACGUGAAGGGAUGUAGUUCCAUUAGAUUUCUCAAAUUUCAAACAGUUCACUGCAUGAAUGAAGUUAAGUUGUGUCAAUUCCCUUUGCUAUGACCAAUAUACGAUGUAAUCUGUCAUAUUUAUGACUUGUAAUUGUGCAAUACUCGAAUGUAACUCAUUAAGCAUAAAUGUGCAUUUUAAGAAUUGCGCAGGCUUACAAAGCUUGCGUAACAUCCAGCGAAAGACAAAAAAAUAGUUCCACAGGGCUCCAGAUAAGAUGCGUAUUAGCGUAAAUUACGUAUAGAAAUAAUGCAAAUACGCAUGUCUAAUAAUUUCUAAGCGUAUAAAAACGUAUAUAAAAUUACAGAAACGCACACAAUGCUUUUUUAAAAACAAAAUCUGAAUCGUCUGGAUGCGUUAGGUAACAUAGCCGAUCAGCCUUAAUUCUCCCACAUUGAACGUAUACACGCAUCGUAUGAUUUCUAUAAACUUUGCGUGGGUUGAAUUUUGUAGUCAGUAAACGGAUAAAUUAUCGGAAGAAGAAGCUCUUACUGGUUUGUUUAGUUACUACUGAUAUUAAAAAUGAUUUUAAUUCUUAUUUUUCGAGAAAUAAACAAAUCGGCGAAACAUUAAAUUGUAUUUUCUUGUAGUUUUUGAAAUCGAAAGUAGAUCGUCUAUGUUUGGCUGCUUUCACGAAACGAAACAACUUUUUUAUGAAAAGAUUUAAAUAAGAGGUAACUUAACCGUAAACUUCAAUGUCAGGUAUUGCCAAUUGCUGCUAAAUGUCUCCGUAUCAUCACAAUUUGUAAAAUAUAUUGUUGAAACUGGAGAAAAGUGUAAUCGUAUCCGGAUAUAAUAUUUUGGGUAAAUAUCGAGCUGUGUUAUGAAAUUUUAAGAAAAAAAUUAAAAACAAACUGAAACUGGUAGACUAUACUGUCAGUACAUCAAUCAUUAGCCGACUCAGGCCCUUCAGGCCUUUGAUAUUAUACUAUCAAGCACUGAGAAUAGUCGAGCGCGCUGUCAACUGACAGCUCUUAUUGUAUUAACUACCUAAGUAUUGUUGUAUUAACUACCUAAGUAAUACCUUCUUUAAUCAGUUCUUGAUCUUUUUUACUAGUGUUCAGUUUUCAUAAAGGUAAAGACCAGAAUGAUUAUUUGAAUGUAGUCCAUAUCUUAAAGAAUUCUAUGUUCAAUGUGGUUCUUGGAGAACUUGGUUAUGAAAGAAUCAGAGCCACUGUCUUUUGUAUCAUCAUAAGAGGCCACUUUGAUAGAGUCUGAACACUUGGGUUUGCUGUAUCUCUGUGAUUCCAGCAGGUAUAAAAGUUUUGAUUUUACAUCUCGUAUUUCUAUUUUAAACCAAAAUUUUAGUUUCGUUUGGCACUUUAUAAUCUUUCCUGUGAUGAUGCAAUUUAAAAUCCUGAAAUGUAGGUCUUUGUAAAAACAGCACAUCAUCUCGGUGAUGCCAAUAUCGUCAUAGACACUUAGGGCUUGUGCAGCUCCUGACCAUGUCUUAUGAGCAUACUUAAAGGACCAUUUUGAAAAAAAAAAUGUCUUAAGUGUACCAUGAAGACAUUAGUUACAUUACUUGAAGAUUUUUUUCAAAUUGUUGCCAGAUAAUCGAUGUGGACUAAAUAAUACCACUAAGGUCAAGUUGGUUGAUUUGGAUUACAAGUUAUUAAGAAUAUAUGAGCCGUGCCAUGAGAAAACCAACAUAGUGGGUUUGCGACCAGCAUGGAGCCAGACCAGCCUGCGCAUCCGCGCAGUCUGGUCGGGCUCCAUGCUGUUCGCUUUUAAAGCCUAUUGGAAAUGGAGAAACUGUUAGCGAACAGCAUGGAGCCUGACCAGACUGCGCGGAUGCGCAGGCUGGUCUGGAUCCAUGCUGGUCGCAAACCCACUAUGUUGGUUAUCCCGUGGUACGGCUCAAUUAUAAGGGCAUGUAUAACUGUGAUCUAUAUUUAUUUGGCAUACAAGACUUAGGGUUGUUUUAGUAAUAAAGGGGAGUAACUCUAAAGGCCCCAAGUGUCUGAAAAUCCCGAGUAAAAACUGGAUUUUGCCUAAUACAUCAUCUCGUGAUAAAACAGAACUGUUUUCACUGUAAGAAUGUGUUUUCAUACAAAUUUACCUGUAGUAUCACUGUCUAUGCAAGAUAGAAAUGUUUUCACUGUAAAUCUUAAAAAGUGAAAUAAAUUUAAAAAUAUG